AUGAAGUACGUCUUUGGAGGAUACGUGCACUUAUGUGCAGGAAUUAUUAGUCUCAUUACCUUUCCAUUGGUGUAUGGAAGUCCGUCGAGGUUCAGUCUUUUCCAGGGCAACCCCUAUUCCAGCUCGAUUUCACGGCAAGGGAACAAAAACUGGUGCGCGUUUGUAGUCCAUAAGAACGUGACGUGCGCUGUGUUGGCGGCGAGUGAACGCGUCGUGGAGCCGCAGCUCUCGCCCUGUCCUCCGCAUCAGCCAGACUGCACACAGCGGGUGAUGUAUCACACUCACCUGAGGCCCAUGUACAAAGUAGGCUACAAACAAGUGACUGAGCUGGAAUGGAGGUGUUGUCCAGGCUACCUAGGUCAUGACUGUACAGAGCUGAAAGACGCCCCACCCAAACCUCAUGUUCUAGAAGAACCAAACCAAAAUCUUCCAUCCAUCCACAGAUCUCAACAGAACGUGCUGAGACCAGAGGUCUUCUCUGGGGCACAUCCAUGGUUGCAUCCUGGGCAAAGCGGACAAAGAGGACAUCCGUUGACGCAGACGGGUGAGUUUAGUAGUGAAGGGGGAGUUCCUGGAGAUCGACAACAAGAGAGUCAUCGUGUUCAGGCAUUAGAAGAAGAAGUAGAGCGUCUUUCACAGACAGUCCUCGACCUGCAAGCUGCCAUGACAUCAGCCAAUGCAAACUUGCGUUUGGAUUUACAGGAAGAUGCUAGCAAGAUCAUUCUAAAUAUGUUGGGGAACCUACGGCAGCCACAGGAUGUUAAGACAGGUGGAACUGAGAGCAUCCUGUUUCCAUCUGACCUCCGUGUCUCACCAGUGGCUGAUGAGCUCCAAAACCAGGUCACCCAGCUCUCCAACACAAUCAGUACCAAUACCAACAGCAUCCAAGAUCUGCACAUUAUGAUUCAGAACAUUGAUGGACAGCUGCAUCAGCUAACAGAGGCAGCCAGUCCUGGCCAACUUCAACCUUUGUCCACACCUUCAACCAAUGAGUGUUCAUGUGAGGCAUAUGUAGAUGCAAGGCUCUCUGCUCUCCGUCAGGAACUUCUUGAAGGUAUGGACAUCAAAAUUGCUGACCUAAAGAAUGCGUGCGAUUACAAGGUACUGUCAGUUCAGGAGCAGUGUGAGGAGCACGAGACCUCCUACUUGAGCUUGAUAGAACUCCUUGACUCCAAAGAGGCUGAACUCCGCAAGGAGAUCCAAGAUUUGCGUCUCCUCGUUCCAAGUGAAACGUCCUCAGGGUUGGACAGUACUGAGGUCCAGAAGCUAAGAGACACCCAGCAUCUCCUGACUGAUGCCAUUAGGCACCACAAUUCCACCCUUGCAGAGAUUAAAGCACAAGGAUAUGUUUUGGAAGCAAGGGUUAGUCUUGCAGAAAAGAGUGCAGAGGUACAUUGCCUCUAUCUUGAGGAGAAGUUGAGAAGGGAGAGACUUAAGGAAGUGGAGGAGCAAAACAUAGCUUUUGAAGAAAAGAUCAAUGCUGUUCAACAUCACAACAGCAGCUCACAGCUACUGACUGCACUGUUAGAUCAUGGACAGCACCUAGAAGUCUUGGAGAAACGCACAAAGAACUUGCAGGAUGAGGUGGGAUCUCUUGAACAGCAUAUCAAGAGUGUGGAGAACUUUGUCCCAGACCUCAAUCAGUCCGUAACUCAGAGUUACAAUGGAAGUCUGCUGCAACGGUUGGAAAAGCUGGAGAUGGUUUGUGGGCGAAACCAAGAGCAAGUGAUCACCAUGAAUGGUUUGCUCAAUGGGCUUGAUGGACGCGUGGCCGGCAUUGAGGGUGUUUGCGGCCGGUUUGAACCAAUGUCAGACAGUCUCAAACGUAUAAAAGAUGGACUAAACAAACAUGUUAAUGGCUUGUGGUCCUAUGUCCGACAACUGAACAGCACAGUGAACACGCAUACAAAUGACACCAACAUGUUUAAAGCAAACUCUUCACACUCUUCAAAAGAGAGGCAGGAUGGGAUUGCAAGCACACCUCAAUAUACAGGUGUUCAUGAAGGUACUAAGGCUGUAAAUGUUCCCACAGAGGGAGAUCUGCCUGUCCCAGUGCUGCCUGUCUUGAUGUCAGGAGAGGCAGGGCCUCCAGGAACCAGAUUGUCAUCACAGACCCCUAAGGGGAGCCGGACACUUGUCACAGGCCAGGCAGGUUACCCCCUGAUUCCACCUGCCGCUCUCAGUCCAGAUUCAGUUUCUGCACAGAUUCCAUUAAAGACGGUUCAAAUGGCCGCAGGAGAAGGACGAUUAAUGACACACAUGUCGUUUUCGGCCGGUCUGACACUGGUGCCAUUUCCUGGGCAAAUUGGUAUCAUCCGAUUCAACAAUGUUCUGUUAAAUGAUGGAGGACAUUAUGAUCCACACACAGGUGUGUUCACUGUGCCCAUGGAUGGGCGGUACUUGCUCAGUGCUGUGCUAACUGCUCAGACAGGAGAGCGAGUCGAGGCUUUUCUCUCAGUAGCCAAUCGAAACAUUCAGAAGCUUUACACUGCUGGAGUAGGGGGUGGAUUCACUGAGGGGUGUGUCUGUGGAGGCUCCGCCUCUCUAAGUCUUGCGCUUAAUUUGAAGCGGGGUCAGAGGGUGGGACUUGUGAUGACAGCAGGGAAACUGGCAAUUUCAUCGUCCAGUGAAAUUCUGUCUUCAUUCAGCGGAGUGCUGCUUUACCCAACAGUAGCAAAGCGAUAACCCACAGAUAAAGAUUUGCAUAAAGAUGGGUCCAAAAGUCUGAGAAGACAUUGAACAUCUGGGAUUCAAAAUCUAAUUUGAACAUCGAAACUGAGAGUUUUAGGAUUUUGGAAAAUGUUAAACAAGGAAAAGAGUUGGUGUAAAACGAACAAGACAUAUUUAAGAUUCUGCACUAUUUCUGGGUCACUAAUCACAUAAAAAAAAUCUGUGACAUUGAUCAUGUUAACUCCUUUGUUCAGACGGUCAGAUUUUCUUGCUUCCAUUAAAGCACAUAAGAUCAAAUCAUGCAGAAUAACAUGAUCAUCCGUUUUUGUUGAUGCCAGCUCGAAAGUACGCUGUCCAAGACAUUUUUCUGUUGAGAUUUUCACUCAGUUUGUUACGCUGAUAGUAUAAUUUGUCAUGAAAACAUUUUUAUAAAAUUAGAUUUUAUAAAGCUGCUCAAAUGGUUAUAAAGAAAAUUAAAUAUGUGACACAAGAAUAAAAAACUGAGGAAUAGAUUGUGGAUCCAUUUCAAAACAAAGACUGACUUCAGCAUUUUAAAAAAUUAUAUAAAUUAAGAACAAAAAUCUAUUUUGCAAGUGAGUUUGUCUGGCAAGAUACUUGUGUAUCUAUUGAUUUAAAGGUGCUGUAAGCAAUUUUAGCCAUUCUAACUAUCACAAGAAUGAACUAUUGAUUAGCCACACCCCCUCUUUCCAAAACACCACACCGAUACCAUUGAGAAUGACACAAAGCAUGUUGAGAAGUGGAUAGCUGCAGGCAUUGCUCCAAAAAGGGCUCCAAAUCACCAUUAAAGAUAUAGGGAGCCCCUAACCUUAAGGCAUUGGCGCAACCGUCUUUUGGAGUAGCCCCUCCCCAUUUUGGAGUAACCCCACCCUCUUUUGGAGAUUCCACCCCCAUUUGGAGGUUAUACCUACUUGUGUUCCCACGGUUGUCAAAUUGUGAAUCAGAAUAUGGCAUUAAAGAGUUAGU